GGUUUCGUUGCAUUGGCAGUAUGAGUGAAGAUAAAUCAACUCCCUGUUAUGUCGUUGUGUCAGUCAAUUGUGUUUUUGCUAUUUGUACCAAUAAUUUAACGUAAUUAAAUUAAAUGAAGCUCUUAGUUAAUAUGAAUUGAUCAAAAAUGAGUGUUUUUAACGAUUUUCAACAAGUGUGGUUGCAAAGGUUUCCUGACAAUCCGCUACCAGGAGCAUGGGAGGAACAUGUCAAAUUGAAUUUGGCUAAACACAAACAGAAAGUGUCGAUGUUUAAGGAAGAAGUCCGCAAAGAAGAGAUUUACGUCGAGUAUUUGGAACGUCUGCUCCUUGAUAUCCAAAAACACAAGAAACAAGAGUCGGGAGAAGACGGUGAAUCAAGCAAGAGUGAAACUGGUGAUGUCACAGCUGAUAACGUAUCAAAUAGUGCACCCUCCGGGUUGAAUCUGGAAGAGUUUGAAACGUUUUCCGCAAAUAUGUGCGUGACUGAGAUUUCAAAUGUUUUGUCGAAACUCAACGCGGAACAAAGUGAAGAAGUUGAUUUGUCAAUGCCAGACCCGAGUUCUUUCGUGACGGUGAUCGAAGUCAACGGCUUGAAACCGUCAGCUAGCACUCAAACACCACCAAAGAUACCAGUAAAGCCUGAUUUUAGUAGAAAUAACAGUAUACAAGAGAAAAUCGAGCCUGAAGAGCGCGUAUCAACGCCCGAGGAGCCCUACUACGACGUUGUUGCUCCCGAAGAUCAGGACUUCAACCUGCCUGAAAGUGAUAAUUCAAGUGCUGAAAAUACUUUAAGUUCACAGGCGUCCCUCAUGCCGAAAAAAGGGUCACAAUCACCAAGUGCUUCAAACUACGUCAAUAUUGAAUACUUCAUACAGGCAAGCAAUCAGAACGAUAACGGACAUAGUAGUAGUGAUGAGGAAGGUACUGAAAUACGUCACAGAGGCAGCAACGGUUCGUACGCAAGUUCAAGUUCGUUGGAUUCAUCAACGCCCCACAGCAGACGGAAAUUUCAACCCGAGGAUCUUGAGACUGCAACUGAAAACUCACGGUACAAAUGCAUACUAAAAAAUAUUAUAAGCAGCGAGGAGGAGUACGUGGAGUGGUUGAGCGUGUCAAUGAAGUACAUGAAAGCGAUUCAAGCAACUUUGACGACAUCGCAACGAAUUAUCACAGAGACUGAAUUGAAUACGAUUUUUUAUAAGAUUCCGGAAUUGUACGGUUUGCAUUCAAGCUUUCUUGAAGAGUUGAAAAGUCAAGUGGAGAAAAACGACAAUUCGGGCAAGACGGGCGAGUGUUUCAAAACUUUGGCUUUAAAUCUGGAAUUGUACGGUGCGUUUUUGAGUAAUUACGGCCGCGCUUUGGACACUGUGCGAAAGUGCUGCGAGGCGAGUUCGCAAUUUCGCGACGUGACCAAAAACAUCACCUGCAAAUAUCUCCAGAAACAGCCGAACAAUUUGGAGGAAAUUUUACACAAGCCGGUGGCUAGAGUCCAAAAGAACGCUUUGGUUUUGCACGAUUUGUUGAAUUCCCUCCAAGCGACACAUCCCGAUCACGGUAGCCUUUCUGAAGCUUUACAAUUGACGCAAGGUUUCCUUGACCAGUUUAAUAUGAUUCAGACCAAGUCCAUGUUUCCUGUGUCCGAUCGAGCGCAAAGGCGGCUUGUCAAAAAUUCCUUUAUUGUCGAAUUCCCAGACGGUCAUCGGAAAUUGCGGCAUUUGUUUUUAUUUAAUGACGUCAUCGCGUGUGCGAAAUAUAAGCCGUCUGGUCGAACUGAAAAAUACACAUUCGAACUAAAAUGGUUCAUUCCGGUGGAAGAUAUAAUUAUUUUUCGUGAAAGCAGUCCACAACAUCACCCCGAGAACACCGUACCAAACAUUGUAAGUCUUAAAUCGCAAGCAUCAAAUGUCCGAGAUCAAUUACGUCAAGAAGAAAAAGCAUUAGAAGAUAAGAAAAUACGAAGCAGUCGAGGUUCCGACAAGUUUAAAAAACGCCUAGUGGAACUUGAAAGUCAAUUAGUUCUAGUUUCACCAAAUUUACCGUUUCGUAUUAAAAACCGCCAAACUGGAAGAAUGUACACUUUCUUCUUGUCGUCGGAAUUUGAACGCACCCAAUGGGUCGAAGCGAUACUAACGUUACAGAAAACGGGUAAACCACCGGUACCUUCACCCAAUUUUAGUAUGUUGGAGUUACAGACGUGGAUAACUGCAUGUCGGGCAUUUUUGAAGACAAACAUGGGGUCGUAUCUGCUGCGUAGUGUCCACGAUGAAAGUCUCUUAGUCGGGGAUUUACACGUGCAUAUUUUCGAAUUAACCGGUCUUGAGUAUAAUUGCGAGUUGUACGUGGUGUUCGAGGUUGAUUUCUACGGCCAUUUCUUCCAAAAAGCCAAAACCAAGGCCGUUCAGAGUUCGAACGUGUUCACGUGGGGCGAAAAAUUCGUAAUAGACCUCGAAGGGUGCGAGAAUUUACGCAUUUUGGUAUAUAGAAUGAAUGCGAUUUCAAAUGAUACACUGGUGGGGAAGUACACGCAGAAGUUGAGUCGGAGUUGGUUGAGGUCUGAGCCAGUUGAAAAGAAGUUUAAUAUAAAUGGGGCCACGUUGAGGAUGAGUUUGACGUACAUUCCGUGUGUCGUGAGUCUACGGAGACUGCCGACGGGAAAAAAUGGGGCGCUGUUCGGGGAGAAAAUUCAAAUCGUUUGCAAGCGACAGAAAAGAGACAUUCCGUUCAUUAUCACCGCUUGUAUUAAGGAAGUGGAGAGGCGAGGGAUGACAGAAGUUGGUUUGUACCGAGUUUCAGGCUCCGCGUCGGAUAUUUCCAAGCUGAAAAAAUCGUUUGAAACAAAUUCUUAUGAAGCCGAACAAUUGUUGAAAGAAGUCGAUAUCCAUUCCGUAACCGGCAUUUUAAAAUUAUAUCUGCGCGAGCUUCCCGAAGCUCUUUUCACCGACCAAUUAUAUCCAGCUCUUUCAGAGGCAUUUAACCAAAGUAACGGAAACUACACUCGCCGUAUCGAGCUGUUGAAAGGGUGUUUCGCCAAGCUUCCGCAACAAAAUAAAAUCAUUAUUAAGUUCAUUUUGGACCAUUUAAUUCGAGUACAUAAACACGAAGAGGAUAAUAAGAUGUCGUUGCAUAAUUUGGCGACGGUUUUCGGGCCGACGCUUUUAAGACCGGGCUUUAAAGCCAAUCAGAAUAGGCCGAAAGAUACGCUUUCGGCCGAAACGGUGGACGUAAUGGCGCAAGCAGGGAUCUUGUAUUGCUAUUUGCAGGAUCUUGAUUCGAACAAAAAUUGUUAAAAUUAUGUAUAUAACUACCAGUAUUGUAUUCGUAUCGUGUGAUUUUGCGGUCACUGAGACUUAUAUUUAUGCGAAAAGUAUUUUUGUAUAGUGGCUUGUCCGAAUGAAUUUUGUAUCCUAUUCAUAAGCUUUUGUAAAUAAAUACAUAUGACUAUCAAAUAAA